AUGACCGAACCCAGGAGACAGAUUGCACAGCCCAUCUUACCUAAGGUACCAAGCUCUUCCUUGAGAAAAAUGGAUGCAAACACUGCUCCAAUGAUCACUGAUAAGGCACCGAGAGGGGUCACCAAGAUUGGUGGAGCGAACGUGUAUGCGGCAAAGUUGGCAAUCUCCCCAACAGCCAUCAAGGAGGUACCUAGGAUCCAAAUCGGAUUUGUUAAAUAG